CUCUCCGCUCCAGCCGCCGCCCCGACUCUCCGAGCUGAGCCCCAUGGCCGCCGCCGCGCCCCCCGCCGCGCCCCGCGCUCUCCGGCUCCUCGGCGCCGCGCUGCUGCUCCUGCUCCUGGUCCCCGCCGGCCGGCGCGCCGCAGGGACGCCCGUCGUCACCGAGCUGCGCUGCCAGUGCCUGCAGACCUUGCAGGGCAUUCACCUCAAGAACAUCCAGAGUGUCAAGGUGACGCCGUCAGGACCCCACUGCGCCCAGACCGAAGUCAUAGCCACGCUCAAGAAUGGACAGGAAGUGUGUCUCAACCCCGAAGCCCCCAUGGUCAAGAGAAUCAUCCAUAAGAUGCUGAACAAGGGCAGCACCAACUGACCGGGAGACAAGCAAGAAGCUGGCUGGUGGUGGUUCCUGAAAGGCCUUUCUAGGAACUGAAAAUGAAGAGAACAGCUGGCUACAAGGGCCUUAAUGUGUUUGCCUAUUACGAGUUCUCUAUUUAUUUAUGUUUGUAUUUAUUUUCCAAAGCUUAUAUUUUAAUAUUUUACAUAUUAGUAUUUAAAGAUCGGAAUGUGUUUAAUCAAACAUAACUCCGUCCUGAUUAUUAUGUAAUUUGAAGAGGAUGGGUUUUAAAUGUCUCAUUAUUAAACUAAUAUGUAUUGGGACACUAUUGGGGCACAAGGUGGUGGGGAGGGAGUCGAAGCAGUUAGUGUGCACAUAUCUAUUUUUGUACUUGUUUAAAAGAAUGGCAGUUGUCAUUUAUUGAAAUUAUUUCACACUAUGUGGUCAACAUUUUUAUGUUGAAGUUUCCCUUGGACAUUUUAUGUCUAGCAUGUAGGGCAUAAUGCCUUGUUUAAUGUUUAUUAUGCAGUGUCGCUCUGUCUUGUAACAGGGAUGUUAAAACUACUGUUAUGUUUUUACAAAUGACAUGAAAAUAAACGUUUUGCAAAAAAU